UAAAGUUAUAUGCUGAAAUGUGAAGUUGGUGUAAGUUUAAGAACUGUUAAUGUUUGUAAAUAUAUAUAAGGGGUUAUAGAGACUGAUGUGUGUUAAAUUCCUACCAACGUUCAGGGUAGAUAGAAGAAGCCAGGUUUGUGUGUUGAAGAUAAAUAAGAAAAAACAACUUUGUGCGUGGAUGUCUGGAUUAUUUUACUGGGAAGGUAAAAGAAUGACAACAGUAGCGGAGUAACGGCUACUCAUAUGAGGUAAACCUGCGUGGUAUCUACCUGAAAAUCACGAACCCAAGUAGCCACCCCACAAGUGAGUUAAAGUUCUGCCCCUGAGAACAGGUGAUGGAGCAGUGGGGUGCUACAUAAAUAAAAUGGAGGCACCGCUGGGAUCUAUUUGAUUUUAUUUGCAUUGAAACAGUAUUAUAUCCAGACAACCAGUUACUAGAAAAAAAAGUAAGUAAUUUUCUGUACAUGAUAAAAAAACAUUCUAAGGUCAGUCUGACUUUGGUAAAGUCUAAAGACUAACGGAUGGUUUCAAAAGUUGUUUCAUAUUUGUGGAUAAGCACAGCAGAAGACCAGUUUUCCUUAGUAAUUUUUUGUCGUGUUUUAUUUUGGUGAAAAAAAGAGGAUGGCUCAGUUACUAYAUUGGUGUAAGGGAGAGGGGAUUAAUCCAUUACAUGCAGUUUUGGUUAAAGAUAUCCCUGAAGACACCGAAGUUAGUGUGAUAGAAGACACUUUACAGACUAUCAAAGCUCUUGGACGUGUUAGAGUUAGAGGUAGAAUGUUUGAUCCUGUGUCUCAAAGCCUGACAGUUCUUUGUGAGUGCAGGGAAACAGUAAAUGCUAAAGCCAUUCCUGCUGAGGUAAUACCAGAAGGUAGUGAUUCUCCUUGGGAAAUCAUUGGGCCAUCAGGGGUGGAGGAAGAGAGUACAGCUCAAAGGGAAACAGAUUCUCCACAMACACCAGAGUUAGAAAUGAGCCAAAAUUCACUUUUCCAAGCAUCUAGUCCAGAGGCUAUAAUCAGAGCAGUCGGUGAUGUCUUGCGGCUCACUUCAAGACCCACUAGUGACAAUGGCAGCUACAGACGACUUCGAACCUUUUCCGGYGUGCUUCCCACACCUCCAGGGGAAGAGCCCUUGGAAAACUGGCUGGAGCAAGCUAAACUGAUGAUUGAGGAGUCAGACAAGCCGGACAGAGAAAAGAAGAUGAGGAUAAUGGAGAGUGUAAAAGGUCCAGCCAUGGAGAUCCUUCAAGCUGUGAGAUUUAACAACCCUGAUGCAACGCCCGCAGAGUAUCUAAAUGUUAUUGAAAACACCUUUGGCACAAUAGAGACUGGUGAAGAGCUCUACUUUGCCUUCAGAAUGAUGUGCCAACACCCAGCUGAGAAGCUAUCAGAGUUUCUCAGGAGAAUGGAAAGAGUUCUAAAUAAAGUGGUCCAGAGAGGGGGUCUGCCUCCCUCAUCCAAAGACAAGGCACGUAUUGAGCAACUCAUCAAAGGUGCCACACGAUCUGACAUGAUGAUGUUAAGUCUCAGGCUACGAGAGAGGAGGAGUUCUCCACCUAAAUUUCUGGAGCUUCUGAAUGAGAUCCGCAUUGAGGAGGAAUAUGAGGCGUCACGCCGUCGAUUAAAUCCCCCUAAGUCUGUGCAUGUCAAAAGUACUGCAGCAGCAGCUAUGGACUCAAAAGAUCUGGCCGUGGAGGUUGAACAGCUGAGGUCACAGGUUAGUGARCUCAAAGCGUUGUCCCUGUCGCAGCAUUCACAUCCUCCUGAACCACUAUCUGCAGCAGAAAUAAGCAGCUCGGAAGGGGAUGGGAACCUUCAAGCCCUCAAGAAAGAGGUUGUAAAGCUGAGAAAACAAGUUUCAGUAAUGUCAGUCCAGUCAGCUGCAAGACCAAAAGACCAUCCAACUUCCUCAGAUCCUUCUCCAAGUCAUGAGACGCUGAAAGCAGCUAUGCACCGAGAACCCUGUGACAUCUUYUGCUAUCGUUGUGGCGAAGAUGGGCACAUUUCUACUAAAUGUAUGUCACCAGAAAACUAUCCAAAAGUCAUACAAAAGUUGAUUCAAGCACAAAGGAGGGGUAAAUCAGGUCAAAGAUUUACCAGCCCUCAUUCUGAGUGGAAAAAUGCUAAUGUGAAGAAGAGCGCUGUGAGUCUGCAGGCCAGUAACCUGCCCAAAGGACUAGUAGGACCACCCGCUACUGCUCAUGUUAAAAUAAAUGGAACACCAUGCACUGCUCUCUUGGACAGUGGCUCUCAGGUCACAAUCAUUUUUGACAGCUGGUAUGUCGAACACUUAUCACAUGUUCCUCUACAUCCAGUGUCAGGUUUAGCCAUCUGGGGUUUAAGUGAGUCUGAGAGCAGUUAUCCAUAUAAAGGCUACAUUCAAGUAGACUUGGAAUUUUCUGAGAAGAAAUCACACAAAGGGAAAUCAGUUCCUAUUCUUGCUUUAGUAUGCCCAGACCCCCGAUGCUCAGACACCAUUCCAGUUCUGAUUGGCACCAAUGUUAGCAAAGUAUGGUCCCUCCCUAGAAACCGUAAAGCAGUCAGUUCAGACACCAUUUAUGCUACACGAGUUGGUGUAACAGAGCGAGAACUCGCAGAUCCUGUAGAUCUGAACUAUAAAGAGACAAAGCACAGCAAUGUUACAGUGGCUGAUGUUAAAUGGGUAGGCCCAGGGCCACUAAUGAUCCCCGCUGGUGGUGAGCAUAUAGCCAUCUGUAAAGUCAUUGAAAAGAAGAGAGUGGGAGAUAGCAUUCUCAUCUCUGAGCGUGCAGCUUCACAUGCACUCCCACCAAGUUUGUUUGUGCAGCCCACAGUUUUAUUCUCCAAGAUGUUGGAUAAAGACAAGUUUUUGGUGUUCAUGCGCAAUGAGUCUAUGAAAGAAACUGCCAUACCCAUCGGCACAGUAGUAGCUCAUCUUCAUGUAGCUGACACCGUGACUGAGAUUCUAAGCACCAAGACACAGAAUCCUAAAAAACUUGAUCCAUCUCAAUUCAAUUUUGAAGACUCCUCUAUCCCGACUGAGUGGAAAGAGAGACUGAGGRAAAAACUCUCUGAACGAUCCCAUGUGUUCUCAGCAGAGGAGUGGGACGUGGGGUUAGCAUCUGGAGUAGAACACCACAUAAGGCUAACUGACAACACCCCGUUCAGAGAGCGGUCCCGGCGUAUAGCGCCUGCUGAUGUAGAGGACCUCCGUCGUCAUCUCCAGGGGCUUAUAGCAGCUGGGAUAAUCAAAGAAUCCAGAAGUCCUUAUGCCUCACCUAUUGUGCUGGCACGAAAGAAAAAUGGACACAUUCGCAUGUGUGUCGAUUAUCGUACACUGAACCGCAGGACCAUUCCCGAUCAGUACACGGUGCCCCGCAUCGAUGACGCUCUGGACUGCUUGUCUGGAAGUAAAUGGUUCUCAGUGUUGGAUUUAAGGAGCGGAUAUUACCAGAUUCCGAUGGCUGAGGAGGAUAAAGAAAAAACCGCCUUCAUUUGUCCUUUGGGAUUUUUCCAGUUCGAAAGAAUGCCUCAGGGAAUAACUGGUGCUCCCUCAACAUUCCAGCGGCUCAUGGAAAAAGCCGUUGGGGACAUGCACAUGCUGGAGGUUAUCGUAUAUCUUGAUGACCUAAUUGUUUUCGGGAGAACUUUGGAGGAGCAUGAGCAGAGGCUCCUCAAAGUCAUUGACCGCUUAGGCGAAAUUGGACUGAAAUUGUCACUUGAUAAAUGCCAGUUUUGCAGACCCCAAGUGACAUAUGUUGGACACGUAGUGUCUGAACGAGGCAUUGCUACAAAUCCAAGCAAAGUGGAGGCUGUUGCCCACUGGAAGGAACCCACUGAUCUUCCAUCACUCCAGUCCUUUCUAGGAUUCUGUGGAUAUUACAGACGUUUCAUCAAAAACUAUUCAAUUAUCAUUAGACCACUAACCGAACUGUGUAAGGGAUAUCCACCAACUCAAAAGAAGUGGAAAUCUGCAAAGUCUCCUGAGAAAACUUACUAUAAAGUCAGUGAACCUUUUGGAGAAAGAUGGGAUGGGAGCUGCGCAGAAGCUUUCCAACAGAUCCUGAAAUGCCUCACCCAAGCGCCAGUGUUGGCGUUCGCUGACCCGUCGAAGCCCUAUGUGCUGCACAUAGAUGCUAGUUUCAAUGGCUUGGGGGCGGUGCUAAACCAAGAGCAUCCUGAAGGACUGAGGCCAGUCGCUUUUGCCAGCAGAAAGCUCAGUUCUUCGGAAAAGAACUAUCCAGUGCAUCAGCUAGAGUUUCUGGCACUCAAGUGGGCUGUGGUGGAUAAAUUCCACGAUUACCUGUAUGGUGCAGAGUUUGUUGUAAGGACAGAUAAUAACCCCCUUACAUAUAUACUCACCACCGCCAAACUGAACGCCACAGGUCAUCGCUGGCUCGCAGCUCUUUCCACCUAUAACUUCACUCUGCAGUAUCGGCCAGGCUCUAGCAAUAUUGAUGCAGACGCAUUGUCGCGAAACCCUGUUCCUGAUGACAGAGAUGAGUUCAGGAGUUUAACACCUGACAAUGUUAGAGCACUCUGCAAGCAGGUAUCUAGAGAUCAGUCUGCUGAACCAGUUAGCUGUGCAGAAUCUCUAUGUGUCCCUCCCACUGCCAUGCCAGAAUGCUAUGUGUUUCCAACUCGACUAGAGCUUGGUUGUUUGACCCAGAUCAGCAGAGCAGAUCUGAUUAAGGCACAAGACCAUGACCCAUUGAUUUCACUGGUCAAGAAAUCCUUAAGUGGAGGACCAGCAUUCUCAUCUGAGAAGUGUACUGUCCCUGGGGCCAUCUGCCUGCAAAGAGAGGCGAGUAAGCUUGUGCUGGUGGAUGGAUUGCUCCAUAGAAAGAUUAAUAAACCACCUAGUACAGAAGUACUGCAGCUGGUUCUACCCAGAGAACAUGUUCCCAUGGUGCUCAAGUCCCUCCACGAUGAAUCAGGUCAUCUUGGAGUGGAAAAGACGCUUGAGCUGAUUCGCAACAGAUUCUACUGGCCUAAGAUGGGGUCAGAAGUGGAGCAGUAUGUGAAAACCUGUGGUAGAUGCAUUAMCCGUAAAGCUUUGCCACAGCGAGCAGCUCCUUUAAAUCAGAUCACCAGCCGGGGACCACUAGAUCUGGUCUGCAUUGACUUUCUUUCUCUCGAGCCUGACUCGAAAGGAUAUGCAAAUGUCCUGGUUGUGACUGAUCACUUUACAAGGUACGCUCAGGCGUUUCCGGCUAAAGACCAACAAGCAUUCACAGUGGCCAAGAUUCUGUGUGAACGUUUCUUUGUUCACUAUGGACUUCCUGCACGGAUACAUUCCGAUCAGGGACGGGAUUUCGAAAGCAAGCUCAUCCAGGAUUUACUGAGAGUGUUGGGGGUCCGAAAGUCCAGAACAUCUCCAUACCAUCCUCAGGGAGAUCCUCAACCAGAGAGAUUUAACCGAACAUUGUUGUCCAUGCUCGGGACUCUGGAUCCUGCUCAGAAACAGAGAUGGAGUCAGAACAUCAGCCAGUUGGUGCAUGCCUAUAAUUGCACCCAGAACGAGGCAACCGGAUAUUCGCCCUAUCUACUAAUGUUCGGAAGGGAGGCUCGUCUUCCUGUGGACAUCUGCUUCGGAGUAUCAGAUGAGACAGGGAAAGGCCCAACUUACCACCAAUAUGUAUCCAAGCUGCGGAAAGAUCUGGAACAAGCUUACCACCUCGCUGCAAAAGCUGCUGACAAAAAUCACCAACGAAACAAGAAGGCACAUGACAAACAUGUGAAAGAGCAGAUCCUAGAAGAGGGAGACCGUGUACUUCUGAGGAACUUUGGUGUCACCGGUAAGCACAAGUUGAAAGAGAGAUGGAGGACAGUGCCAUACAUUGUGUUGGAAAGAAUGCCUAACUUGCCAGUCUACAAGGUGAAACCAGAAAGAGGACUUGGGGUUGAGAAGACGKUGCAUCGCAACCACCUAUUACCCAUUGGUCAUCUUGUCCGAUUUCCAGCUGAGGCUGAGACAGAACAAGUGCGGAAACCUGUCACUAGGAGCCAACAKAGACGGUCUGAGUCUGCCAAGCCUGUUGCUCAAGAAGAUGUUGCACUCUCUUCAGAUUCUGAGUAUGAGGAGGUGAACACGGCAGUCCCUCUACAAGUCGACCUGAGAGAACUUUUGAGACAAACAGAGAGGAGAGCUAAAGAACCCUCUACAGUCACAAGUGAAGUUCAGAUUACGUUGCCCCACAAGACUAUUGAUGAUGCUGGAUUAAGUCCCAAUUCACCUAACAAUCAAGACUCACUGCUCUGCUCUGAUCUAGAUUUAGAAGGGGAAGAGAGGGAAAGUGAUGAGGGAGAGCAUGUCMUUACAGAACGCUCUAAGCGAGUGAGGAAACCAGUCAUAAGAUUAAGCUAUGAUGAACUGGGACAGCCAUCAGACCACCCAGUAAGUGUUAUUAGUUGUGGAGUACUUCUUGGAAGUGGAACCGUUAAGGUACCAAGGCACCCUUCUUGUUCUACUGUMUGGUGUCACUCUAUGGCACUAUGUCCUAACUGUGUUAUUUCUAGCUUGCCCCAGUUCCCUACUUUUAUUUGGGUUGUGUAACUUUGAUGUUUGAUGGGGACAUCAAACCAGUUUAAAGAAGGGGAGAGUGUAGCCCUGGGGUUUGGAGAACCAUAAGAAGUGGGGGUUUAUGUCUUCCGAUAUGUAACUGGGGUUAAGAAUGGGUAAUGGAGUUACAUAAAUGUAUAUUUUGGUGAUUUACCUAUUGUAAAGUACGGAGAGGGAUGAUUUCCUGUGUCCGAGAGUAACUGAGAUUUACGAGGUGCAGUGAAGUGUACGGGGGGGAA